UGACUUCACUCUCCACGUCCCGUUUUCCCGUCCACGCCCCUCUUCCCGCUGGAACGCCGGUACGCGGUGACGGAAGUGACGCGAGGCCUAGGCCUAAGGGCCGUGCAGGGGGACGCAUCUCGCGCGGGGCCGCCCGCCGAGUCUCACCGGAGCAGCAUGGCUUUCCUCCUCCUCGUCCUCGUCAUGCAGGUUGUGAGCAGGGCUGAGAUCAGCGCCGCGGAUCCGGAGCUGUCCUCGGUGCCUGUACCAACCAAUAUUAAAAUUGAGGCCUAUAACUUGAAUUCUGACGUACGUUGGGAUUACCCGGAAAUGCUAGAGAUACCUGUUUUUACUGUACAGGUAAAGACAUACGGGAAGGGACUAUGGAUUGAUGCCUGCAAUACUUCUCAUCAUAGUUGUAAUAUCUUUUCCAUGACUGAUGAUCCAUCAAGUGGUCUAUGGGCCAGAGUUAAAGCUAGGCUUGGACAGGAAGAAUCGGCCUAUGCAGAGUCAAAAGAAUUUAUUUUGUGCAAAGACGGGAAAGUUGGACCACCUAACCUGGAAGUCAGACAGAAGGAAGACCAAAUCAUUAUUGAUAUAUUUCAUCCUUCAGUUGUUAUAGAUGGACAAGAGCUGGGAACCAUAUAUGAUGAAGAGAAUACUUGUUAUUUAUUCAUGUACAGAGUGUAUGAGAGAAUAAGUGGAAGUGAGAUCACACGUACACAUACCAUAAAUCAGGAAGAUGAUUGCAACGAGACUAAGUGCCACCUAAGUAUUUUAGUGUCCUCACUGAAUGCUGAGCACUGUAUUACAGCAGACGGGUUCUCAGAGAGAUGGCAUGUUACAACUAAAAAAUCCAAAGAAGUCUGUAUUACCACUCACAGUCAUGAGAGCAAUACAGAUUCUGUUUGGAUUCCAGUUGGUACCGCUUGCCUACUCUUUGUAGUAGUUAGCCUGGUAGUUUUAUGUUGUAACAUGAAGAAGAUGAAUUCAUGUAAGAAAGAAAACAUCAUGUUACCCAAGUCAUUGCUGUCUGUUGUAAAAAAUUCCUCUUCAGAGGCAAAAUUGGAAUCAAAAUAUGUAUCACCCAUCACCUAUGAAGCAAUUGUCUCUGAAAAUGAGAAGAAGGUGAUCUGGGAAGAGCAGUUGUCGCCAGCAACAAUUUCAAGUACGCAUACUGAGGACAAUCCAGCAAAAGUAGAAGACAGAGAUCUUUCUAGUGAAACAGAAGUGGUGACCAUUGAAGAAAAUACUUCUGACAUGGUCCCUGGCAGCCCCCUGACUCCAGCCGUCAAAGAGGAUUGUGUCCACUCAAGUAGUAACCAGUCUGAACCCAGCAGCGUUGCUCUAAAUUCUUAUCACUCCAGAAAUGGUUCUGAUAGUGGCCUUCAAGAAUCGGACAGCUCAUCUGACUCAGGAGGACAGGAGUCUGGCCUGCUGAGAAAUGCUACCACCUCCUUUGGGUAUGAUAAACCACACGUGUUAGUGGAUCUGCUCGUGGACGAAGGUGGUAAGGAGUCCUUGAUUGGUUAUAGAGUCACAGCCGAUUCCAAAGAGCUUUCAUAAGAUCAGCUAACUUGAAGGAUCUGCUUGUCCUGAACAGUUUUUCUGCUUCGAUUUCAUGAAAAGAUCACAUUUUCAGAAAUGGUAUCUCCAUUGAUAUUAACCAAAUGCAGUACCUUGAUUUAGGUAAAAGUGUAACGAACCUGUUUGGCACUGUUGCAUGUGGCCUGAAAACUGCAAUCACUUUUUAAAAAACAAACUGUUGUCGCAUAUGAACCUUUCUAUAUAGAUAGGUUAGCAGUACCAGUGAAAACGCGGCUUCCUGUGAUAGUGGGUGACACCCCAGGGUCCUUUCUAACCACUUCAGGAGAUAAAUUGGACUUUUUCUUUUCUAUGCCUCCAUAUGUCUUGGUUUGUUUUUUUUGUUUUUUUUGUAAACGUAUGUAUAUAUAGUAUUUUUAAAUGAUCGCCUUCAGAAAAAAUCCUGAAAGCUUUUCAAAUUGCAUUUAAAAUCGAAUUCAAACCAAUAGAAUUAAUAGAGUAUGUAAAUAGAAACAUGUAUAUAUUUUUUACGGGACAUUGCAUUAAGAUUUUUAAAUAAAGAAUUAUUAAAAUUCA